UCACAUUGAAUCGAAUCUAUACAAAAAGAAAGAAAAAAAAAAUUAAAUCACGGUAAUUGAUGUGUUUCCCAUGAAAUCAAGGUGGGUUUUGUGUUUCAAUUGGUAUAAAAAUCGUUUCAUACUAAGAAUAUGCAAAACCCAAAUUAUGUUCUUAUCAGUUGGUACAUAAUACAUAAGGGAAAAGUCAUUUAGAUAAUCUGGUAUUUUAUAUUUGAUAUUGAAUCUAUAAAUUUUGAAAAAAGAAUUUCUUUUUUGAAGAAAUUAGAGAGUUGACCAAAAAAAUCAAGUCGCCUGUCAUCACAAUCAGUGUAAAUAUAUUCGGUAUAAGAAUAGUUUCAUACUUUUGAGAAUAUGCAAAACUCAAAUUAUGUUGUCAUCAGUUGGUACAUAAAAAGGCCUUAGCAUGGAAUGCCCAAAAAUGAUUCACAGAAGGAAAAGUUCAUUUAGAAUAAUGUGAAAAUAUCGAAUAAAUUUGCUAUACAGGUUAGGGAUAUUUGCUUGUGCCCUUCUUGUGCAAUUGGGUAUGAAUGAAUCUUCACUGGUGAUUGUAUUCCAAUUGUGAUUAUCUGUUGUAGUUAUUGGUACUGUUGUCAAAUUUUUCAUUGUCUUAGGUUAAAACUUGGUGUAUUAAUGUUGAAGGAGCUCAUGGGUUUGAACCCGAGGGCAAUGACUUUGUGCAUAUCUCAAUUUGUGGAUUAAAACUCAGCGUAUUAACCAUGAGGAGGGAGGUUAUGGAUAACCUGAGGACAAUCAUUUUGUGCAUAUUUAUGCCAAAGAGGAUGAUGCCCCUAGAGGAGGCAAUGCACCAACUGGAAAUGAAAUGCAACAGUUAUUCCUUCCUUAUCGUGGAUUCUGUGCUCGCAAAGGGGUUCUAGCAAACGAGAUGGUCCUCCACGAUAUUGACAUUUCAAAUGCGCUAGUUGAUUUUAUCCAGAACAACUCCAUCAGCACUAUGAUCCUUGGUGCUUCCAGCCGCAGCUCUCUAACAAGGGCAUUUAGAAAUGUAGACGUGCCAACUAGUUUGUGCAAAAUUGCACCAAACUUUUGUUCGGUGUAUGUUAUAUCGAAAGGGAAAGUUCAGAGCAUCAGGUCAGCCAGCCAACCUUCUAUACCUGGUGGUGCAGUUAGUUCCAAGCGACCAUCUCAAACACCAUUUUCAGCAGAUACCGCAGUGUCUGAAGAUUUAUGUCAAAGUAAUAGCUAUAGGAGUUGGAAAAGUGGAGGCUCCAGCACAAUGUCAUUUGACAGGAACAAUGAUUUGAUGCAGUUAACUUCAUGUGACAAGCUCUCGACCUCGAACAGCAUUGUGCCUUCACCUCAACAUUCAACUAGCAGAAUGAUUUCUUCACUGCAACAUCCAAUGUGCAAUCUUGAUCUUUGGUUUCGCUCCAAAGGGAGUUCAUCCAAUCAAGAUUCCGCUAUAGACGUCAGUGAUUUUUCAGGACCGCCUAGUUUUCAAUCAACUGAAAUGUCCUGUGAAAAUUUGGACUAUUCCCUCACAUCAGAUGUUUCCAGGACUUCUGGCUCUUCCCAAACUUCGAAUGAACUAGAGGCUGAAAUGAGGAGAUUAAGAGAUCAAUUGAAGCAAAUGAUGGAGAUGUACAAUUCAGUUUGCAAAGAAGCAAUUUCUUCCAAAGAGAAGGCAAAGGAGAUUGAUGAAUGGAAGCCAGAGGAGGAACGCAAGGUUCUGGAAGCAAAGCAAGCCCAAGAGGCUGCGAUGGCUUUGGCCGAGAUGGAAAAACAAAAAACCAAGGUUGCGAUUGAAGCAGCACUGAUGGCACAACGACUAGCAAAAUAUGAGAUCCAGAUGCGAAAGAAUGCAGAGAUGAAGGCCAUACAUGAGAUAGGAGAGAGGAAGAAGGCUAUGGACGCGUUGACUUGCUCUGAAAUUCGGUAUAGAAAGUACCCCAUUGAAGAGAUUGAAGUUGCAACAGACUACUUCUCCAAUUCAUUGAAGAUUGGUGAAGGAGGAUAUGGACCUGUUUAUAAAGCCUUUCUUGACCACACACCUGUUGCCAUUAAGGUUCUAAGGCCGGAUAUGUCACAAGGGAAAAAACAAUUUCAACGAGAGGUUGAGGUACUAAGCUACAUAAGACAUCCAAACAUGGUUCUUCUUCUGGGUGCCUGCCCUGAGUAUGGAUGCCUUGUUUAUGAACACAUGGAAAAUGGCAGCUUAGAAGACAGGCUCUUCCGGAAAAACAACUCUCCUCCAUUGCCAUGGAAAACACGUUUCAGAAUAUCUGCUGAGGUCGCCACUGCUCUUCUUUUUCUUCACCGAACAAAGCCAGAGCCUCUAGUGCAUCGAGACCUCAAACCUGCAAACAUUCUUUUAAACCGAAACUAUGUGAGCAAGAUCAGCGACGUUGGUUUAGCCAGGUUGGUUCCACCAUCUGUCGCUAAUGGUGUCACUCAAUAUCAAAUGACCGCAGCGGCUGGGACAUUUUGUUACAUCGAUCCCGAGUACCAACAAACGGGGUUGUUGGGUGUGAAAUCUGAUGUAUAUUCAUUGGGUGUUAUAUUGUUACAAAUUAUUACAGCAAGGCCUCCGAUUGGUCUGUCCUACCAUGUUGGCAAGGCAAUUGAGAGAGGAACAUUUUCGGAGAUCCUUGAUCCGAUGGUGCCAGAUUGGCCUUUUGAAGAGGCGUUGUCAUUUGCUAAAUUGGCUUUUCAAUGUUGUGAGCUGAGGAGGAGAGACAGACCAGACCUUGGUUCGAUCAUAUUACCUGAACUUCAGCGAUUUAGCAAUCUUGGUUUUGAUAAUGGAGCCGGUAACAUAGGCGGGAUCACAUAUGGAGCAACUUUUAAUGAUCCGUGUUUUCAAGUGAGAUCACCAUUUAGUGAGGAAGCGAGGAGAAGAAAUUGUAUUCAGCAGAUUGAAAUUCAGGAAAGAUCGGUGUUGAAAGAAGAUGAUUGCAGAUCGAGUCCCGAACCAGAUAGUGAAGUUUGAAACUAGUCGUGGAAAGGAUCAAGACAGGUUUGGGAGGCACUUUGUCUAGUGAAAUUGAACACUUCUUCCAUCUUCAUCUAAUUGUCAGUUGAAGAAAUUGAGGUUGUAUUUGUAUUUAUGGAUUUGCUAGCACUCAUUCAAGGAAAAAAUUAUUAGGUGGUUUCGGGGGCACCACGUGACAAUGCUCUCACCAAAUGCCAUGCCCCUGUUCUCCCAACACCCAACGCCAAAUCGUGAGUCUUACUUCCUCUACCAAUUGCAAUGCUUUUGAGGCACCAUCUGACCAUGCUCCAAAACCACCAAAUAACUUCUCCAUUCAAGGUGUAGAAUUUUAGAGCUAGAUUUCAAGAAUGGAUGGUGAAGAUUGUUAUUUGAAAUCUUCUCAUGAAUGAUUUCACUUGUAUGCAAAUAUUUAAUCAAAUUUGUCUCCUCUGUCUUUACAUCA